UAAUUCAAAAUGGCGGACAAUACGAAGCUCUUUAGAAAUUCGAAAUAAUAUGGAAAUAAAAGCAAAUAAAAGUGGUUUAGUUGCUGAAAACCUUUGAGGUGGAACCACAGUCUACCAUUGACAUGGAUGGACCUAUUGGUAAUGCGCUAAGUCUACUGGGUGUUGCGUUAUUGUGGGGUGUAACCAAUCCAUUCAUCAAGAAAGGCAGCGCUGGGAUAGAGGACGUGAAGGGCAAAGGUGCUAUCAGACAGUUCCUGGCGGAGAUUAGAUAUUUGAUAUUCAACUGGAAGUAUAUGGUCCCAUUCCUGCUUAAUCAAAGUGGCUCUGUGUUGUUCUACCUAACAUUAGGAUCAGCAGAUCUGUCACUUGCAGUGCCUAUCACAAACUCAUUGACAUUCAUCAUGACAACUUUGACAGGAAGGAUUCUUGGCGAGGAGAGCUGCAAAACAGAGACAUACAUCGGCAUGCUGUUAGUGGUGGGCGGAGUCUCACUCUGUGUAAUGGACAAGACAUAGAUUAUGUAUACGUCAUGCAAUUGAAACAAUGUCUGCAAGGCUCCGAUGUUCCAUUCCACGAGUCAAAAUACUAAAGCUGAUUGGUGCACAUCACCAUAGCCAGCAUUAGAAAAUGAUCACUGCCACUCGACCAAUCAGCACCAUCCAUUUGAACACCCUAAAUCUCAUAGUAAUUAAGGCAGCGAGGGCAUUGAACAAUAGGGAAUUAGUGGUCAUCUAAUUAGUGAUUAGUAUUCCCUAAGUUGCAACUUUGUUUGCAUUGUUUUCCCGGAGGAAAAAAAAUGAAAACAAAGUUGCAAAUCAGGGAAUACAAAUCACUAAAGUAGACGAUUACUAAUAUAUUACUAACUACAAACCUCACUGAAAUGUCCCUGUUAUUCAAAGCACUUUAACUGCUUCACAUCUUAGAGAAAAAAAGAAAGCAAAAAUGCAAUGUUAAUUGUGUUUACUAAUAUCAAAGUUAUUCCCAAAUAUUUCAACAUAGCUCAGAGAUGGAAGCAAAAAAAUAACUCCUGAAGACCUCUGUUUAUCAUUUUCUACCUGUGUCUUCAGACUGUACUGUUUCGUGUUUUUGAUGGGGGAUUCAAUCCCGCUUUCUCUUUGCUUAUUUUUUUUUCGCUGAAUGGUUUUUAAAACCUCACGUUUUCUUUUCCGGGGACGGAAAAAUGAAGCGCUCCUGCUUGAUCCUGUCUUGCAGCAGUGACUAGAAUUCCAACAGAGCCAGAAAUCUAGCUUUAUUCGCACACAAUUGACCUGUUAGUAUUGCCUAAUGAUGUUGAAAACCAUACGAUGGCCUUUGACAGUAAGAUACUAUUUUAAUUGUUAUACAUUUAAUGAUGCUCGUGCUGUGCACUCGCAGAUUUUUAAUUCGUGCCCUAAAUCCCAUAGAACACUUGCGUCCAUUAUUUAACCCUGUCUGUGGCAGUCAUAGAUAAUUUGUUUGGCGAUUUUUAGGAUUGAUUUGCAGCUUGCUUCUGUGAGCCCACAUGGCUGGAAAUAGAGCCUAGGUGAUUCUGUUGUUGGUAGGGUUGAUCACACACUGUUUUUGGCCCCAGUAACAAUGCCAGUGGCAUUAAUUUUGUCAGUUAUUAAACAUAAAAUAAACACCUCAAAGUUAUAACAAUAUGUAUUUAUGCUUGUAUAUAAUGAAAGAAGAUAAUUUUGACAAAAUUAAUCAAUCAUAA